AUGGCGCAGGCGAUCAGUGAGGUGAUUCAUGACACAGAUCUAGAGGAUUGGAAUUUGGUUGGGUUUGGGGGGUUUGGAAAUGUCUUUAAAGCCUGGCACAAGACAUGGGGUCUUCAUGUGGCUAUUAAGCUACCUAGUCAUGAUUCAAGUCAAGCUGAGGAGAAAUCACUGCUUAAGGAGGCUGAUCAUAUGAAAAGUUUGGUUUUUGACUUUGUGCUGAGAAUUUAUGGACUUUAUGAUGGAAGUCCUCCGUUCAAAGGAACAACCAGACUGCGAGGUAUAGUCAUGGAGUACAUGGGGAGGGGAUCUGUUGAAACCCUGCAGAAAACCUUGGCUGGCCCUCCUCCGCUGCCUCUGGCCUUCCGCUUGGCUCAUCAAGUGGCUCUAGGAAUAAACUUCCUCCAUCUGAAGGGAGUUCUCCAUCAGGACCUAAAGCCAAGCAACGUGCUGCUGACAGAUGAACUCCACGUCAAGCUGGCAGACUUUGGCCUGUCCAGGAUCACCACCAGUGUUUUGAACAGCAGUGAUAAAACGGCCGGAGACAACGGAGGUACAUUUUCCUACAUGCCACCUGAAGCUUUGGAAGAUUUAUCUUAUAAACCUAGUCGUUCUUUUGACAUAUACAGUUAUGGCAUUCUACUCUGGUCUAUCUUUACUGGCCUAGAACCAUACAAAGGUACAAACGACAGCCUAGUUGCAUUUAGAAUCCCUAAGGGAGACAGACCUGAUGUGAGACUUUGUCCGAAGAAUGUAGAGGGGAUGGACGAGCUGGUGGAGCUCAUGACACAGUGCUGGGCUGGGGAUCCACUGAAGAGGCCAAACUCUGAAGGAUCUCAGGAAAAGUGA